AUGGAUGCCCCCCAAUCUCCGGGAUCUGGGGCGAACUACACCAGCCAAACUGCAUGUGUCGAGUCCGCUGCCGAAGAACAGGUUUCCUAUCUUGAUUUUCCGGUUCGCGAAGUCAACAAUGGCGCUGACCUACGAGAAUACGCAACGGAAACACGAGAAGGCGCACUCAUCAAGCCGGCCCAGUCAAAUGCAACCGGAAAGAUAGAGAACUGGAAACUGGUCACCUUCACAGUCGACGACCCCGAGAACCCCAAGAAUUGGUCGAAGGCAUACAAAUGGUACUGCACAAUGGUCGUCGCAUUUACAUGUUUUGUCGUGGCGCUAUGCAGUAGUAUUAUUACAGCAGAUAUCCCAGGGCCCCGAAAAUCUUUUGGCGUUUCCGAGGAGGUUAGUCUUUUGGUGGUUACUGUAUUCGUUAUUGGAUUUGGUGUGGGUAAGUUACUUGAUGCCCAAGCUUAUAAUAAGAUGCUUACCAGAACUAUAGGGCCAAUGGCUUUUGCUCCUCUGUCCGAAAUGUUCGGACGGCGACCUGUAUAUGCUAUUACCCUCGGAAUUGCUGUCAUCUUCGUUAUUCCCUGCGCCGUGGCCUAA